AUAACCCAACGUAGGCGUUUAUUUACAACAACAACAAAAACAAAAACAAAGGCCACUAUUUCCUUCCUUUUCUGUCUCUCUCUUCUACACAUUCACAGUAUUUGUCCACUCUCUUUGCCGGGGAAAUAGUAAGACAACCCAAAACCCAACGAAAUUCCCGGAUUCUAAACUUCACCCAUCAAAUUCUGGUGAAACUACUACUCUUUUGUCUUUAAUCUUCAUUUUUCAUCUUCUUUUUUCGAUAGUUUGGCGGUGUUGGUGUGAAGUUGUUAAAAAUGGUCACCAGUUUGAGUUUGGAAGAUGGAUUGAUGAUAUUGGAUGAGGCCUUUUUAAGAACAAGGAAGAUUAUGGAAGGAUACCCUAAUGUUAAGUUCACUGCAGAGGAGUAUCAGAGAUUCUAUGAAUGUGUUUACCUGCUGUGUGUCCAGAGAGUCUCUUCCGAAAAUUCCAGGGUGCUCUAUGAACGAUAUAAGAACGGUUUAGAAGAGUGCGUCAACUCAUUGGUCAUUCCGUCAUUGGAGAAUAAAAAUGAUGCAGCUCUCUUGAUUGAGCUUCUGACAAAGUGGUCUAGCUAUCAAGUGAUGUGCAGGUGGUUAUCUAGAUUCUUUAGUUACCUUGAUCGUUUCUUUAUCCCCCGCACCGGAGCUUUUGGCCUUCUGGAGCUAGCUACUAGAUGCUUUCACAAUAUGGUGGAUGCAAGGUGUAGUAAUCAAUUAAUUGCUGCUGCAUUGUCAUUGAUUAAUCAGGAUCGCAAUGGGGAGAAGAUUGAUAGGAAUAUGCUCAAGAAUGUUGUGGAGUACUUUGGCGUUUCAAAAGCAGUGGGAGAAACCUUGUAUGAUGAUUUUGAAAGGGCCUUACUUUCAACUUGUGCUGCUUCAUAUUCUCAAAUUGCCUCACAUGGGCUUCUGCAUGAUUCAUGUGCUGAGUAUGCAUAUAAGGUGCAGUGGUGCCUAAAUCAGGAAGAUGAAAGAGCUUGCCAAUUUUUGGAUCCAUCUUUAAGAGAGAAGCUUCUGCAGGUGGUCAAGUCUAGCUUGGUCGAUCAGGUUUUCACAAAAGUAGCUGAGAAGCAACAAGCUGAAAGUUAUAGCAAGUCAACGGAUUUUCAGGAUCUGCUGUCUAAAUGUGCUGACCUUAAUCUUCAAGAUCCUGGUCCGGAUCGAAACUGGAAUAUGGUGCAGCAGCCUUGAUGUCGAUCCGAAGUUAUAGUGCAAGAGCUUAAGUUAUACAGUGAUAUCACCAUUUUUUCAUGACUUUGCUCUUCUCAACAAUUUAUACCUGGAGUAAGAAAAUACAGGAGUAGGAUUAUGUUUCAGGUGCUAGGUAGUUGUUUACUGGCAGGAAUCUUGUAGACAUCCUGUCACAUGUGGAUGUAUAUAUAAUGUGUUCUUAACUUUUUAAACUCGCUGAGAUAGUUAGCAUACAGAUACAAACAAAAGUUUUAAGGGAGUGUUUGGUUGAGGGUAAUCAGGAAAAAAGAAAGUUAAUCUUUGACCUCUUUAAUGAGUGUUUAGUGGGCAUAUGUUAUUAUUUACUUA